AGUAGUGAGUGAUCCUCCUCUCUGUUUAUCCCUCUGUCUCCUCCGGCUGUUGGACAUUGGCUGCCGCCAACUCCAUGGAGCAUCUUAUUGGACACCAACGCCUCAGUCCCGCAUACUGAGCGACUGGUUUGUCCAUAACAAGAGAAAGUGAUGGCGCUAAACUUGAAUGACGAACAGCCAGAGGUUUAAUUCGAAAGAGGGGACACAGACGUUUGGAGUGAACGCGGGACAAUGCGACUUAAAGAUGAAAUAUUAAAGAGCUAUAUUGUUGUAUUAUAAUGUCCACAUCUGUCACGAUAAACUUAAAAAACCAUAAAGCCACUUAAAUGCUUGGUGGCUCCUUGAUAAUAUUUUUUCAACUAUUAUAUAGUAGUGGUGGGCCGUAUGAGCUUAAAAUGAUAUCACAAUAUAUCAACUAUCUGUUAUAAUGUGAUAAACGCUUGCCUUACUGACAGUAUAUUGUUCUAACAAAAUGAUAUCGCAAUGAGAAGAUAAGUGAUAUAUAGUUAAACAUUAACAAUGCAUGUAUGAUGCAAAACUAAUCUAUUACAAAAAAUAUAGAAACAACUCCAUUAUUAUAACUGUUCCAGUGAUAAACUAUUGUAUUAGGGUACGUUCUAACAAUAAACUAUCAUGUUAUAACGUGGAACGUAUAUUAUUAUUAUAUUACGCUAACUAUUGUAUUAUGUGCAAUAUAUUGUUCUAACAAAAUUAUAUCGCACUGAUAGAUAUUAUAAAAUAAAAGUGUCUGUGUUGAGUUAGAACAAUAUGACGUUCACAUUAACAAUCCAUUUAUGAUGCAAAACUAAUCUAUUACUAAAAAACAUACAGAAACAACUCCAUUAUUUUAAUUGUUCCAACAAUAAUCUAUCAUCGUAAAAUGUGAAACUUAUAUGAUUCUAAUACGUACAGUAUAUUGUUUUUACAAAAUGGUAUAGCAAUUAUGGAUAUUUCAAAAUAAGAGUGUUUGUGUUGAUAUAGAGUGAUAUAUAGUUCACAUUAACGAUGCAUUUAUAACUGUUCUCACGAUAAACUGUCGUAUUACGUAUGUUCUGUCUAUGUGCAAUCAUAGUGUUAAGUAUUUAAUAUAUAUUAAUAUAUGAAGUAUUUCCAUAUUAAGUUUUCUUUUUUUGAUUUCUGCUCAGUUAAAAUAAGUGUACCUAUGUUUUAAACACACACACUGGACCUUUUACAUUUUUUUCAAAAAUACACUUCAAAAUUCAGGUUUGUACAUAGUGAGUUCUUUGUCUAGGUCGAUAUGAAAUCUGUUGACUUUGCAGAAAGAGAAGCUGUCGAAACUAAGCGGAGUGAAGACGCCUGUUCAAACAGUGAGGAGAACAAUACUCUUAAUAAUACUCUGUUCUUAAGCUCCUCUCUUAAGAUGACCAGGACAUUUAUGAACCUUUUUGAUUGGUUUAUCUGCAGCUGACCUUGUAUUUUGUGAAUUUAUAGGACUCGAUGAGUGUUUAAAGAAAUAAUUAAAUAUAUUAUGAUGUAAUUACCUGUCGAGAUAAUGCUGGAAGAUUCAGUCAAUACUUUGAAUUCGUCUUCUUCUUCUGUUUUUUUUCUGGGUUUUUUUGGUGGGUUGAUACUUUUUAAAUUCACUUCUCCAAACCCACUUUACUGAUCUGCCUUCCUAUGUUGAUGUUAUCCUUUCAUCAUGUUAGUGAGACUUUUUUUUUUUCUUUGAUCUUAUUCUUUCGGCUUUUUUUUUAUUAUUAUUUUGAUAUUUGACAAUGUUUAGGGUUAGAUUGUUAUUGUCUUGUUUAUGUCCAUUUUGUUUUUACCUGCAAUAUAAUAUACAUUUGUAUGCUCUCUUGUGUCGAUGUAAUGGAUUUUGUUUGUAUGAUAUCGUAUAACGGCACUUAUGUGUUUAUUCUUGGUUUUCUUUUCCUUCUUUCUUUACUUCUCUUGCAAAUAUCUUCCACUUUUAUACCGAUUUAAUACAUGGACAUCUGUGAUUAUAUUCUUUUAUUUUUCCUCCCUUUAUAAUUAUGAUUAAACUUCAAUCAUAACAAACUUUGUUAUGGGCAGUACGUGUAUAUAGGGCUGCGAAGCUACAAUUAUUUUGGUAACUGAUUGAUAAGUUUGAGUGAUUUCUUUCACUCACACAAGAUAAAUGUAUUGUCUUUUGUUAAAUAUAUUAAUUCCUUCGGCAGCUGUCGUUAAAGUAAAAAAAAAAUCAUCAUAGCCACUCAACUAAUGAGAUUACCAUGGAAACAGUGCAGCGUAAUACUUGUUUCAAACAAAGUUUAAGCAGCGCAUGGACCAAAAACUGUUCACUCCCUUUUUAGUUUUGCAGUCUCAGUUGUCACUCUUAGGUUUCUUAGUUACCAUGGGGUCACCUGCUCUUCUCAGGUGUUAACCAAGAGUGAGUGUCAGGUAGACUGAUAUUUGGAUCGGUCUGAUUCACUGUGUCUUUGUCGACGUCUGUCUGAGGAAAUGUGCUUCAAAGUCAACAUUUAGGACACAAUUUAAGAACAAGAAUGCCUGCGGGGAGAAACGUCCGCUCUUCCUCAACUCCUGGAAGAUUAGAAACUCAACAUGUGACCAGCCUCCUCUCAGAGCUGAGGUGUACGGGCGAGAGGAAGCGAAACAGCUCUGGGCCUGAGCGUCGGGGUCACAGAAGUGCAGUAAACAAGGAGAGUAAAGAGGAGCCUGAGUGGUUCAUUCGAGAGCUGCUGAAGCAAAACAAGCGAAGACACUCUGUGACACUCGGGGAGAAGACGCCGACCCUAAGACGUCAACGGCACAGCAGAGGUUCGAUUCGCAGCCUCAAGCAUACGGACUUUGUGAACUGCCUGAUUGAUGAGACAAUAUCGCUCGACAUCCUCCAGAAGCUGAAAGUAGAAUUUGAGGACUUUGAGAGACAUGGCUCUGGAUGCAUCGAUGCAAGGACUUUUGGACGUCUUGUGAAGAAGUGUCUGGGGUCGCCUCACACGACCAACGAGCAGAUUCAAGGCUUGUUUAAGAAGAUUGAUUAUUCAGGCCAAGGGAGAAUUUCAUGGGGUCAGUUCUGCGCACACGUGCUGCAGGAGCACAAGGAGAGGGAGGAAAGUGCACGACGCAGCAAGCAGGUGGCUUUUACUUUGCCUGCCACUGUGAAGGCGCUGGGUCAAGGGAUCCCCGUCGUCAACAUCCGCUCCACGCAUGACGGCACCGUGGUCACAGUGCGGGAGGACGGCGCCGUUUGUCUCUGGAGCCCUGAACUCAGACUCCACAAGACAAAACACUUGUUUAAUGAAGGACCUGCCAACAGGAAGUCAAAGUGGGCAAGUAAUUUUACUCUGAUAGCCGAGUAUAAGAAGCUGGUCAUUGCUACAGGCGACAGAGAGAUACAGUUUUAUGAUCUCUCCACUCUGGAGCCUUAUUGUCAGAUUAGUGCUCUGGAGACGGUUCCUCUGACAUUAAACUACGGCUACACCGGACCUGACAAAUGCUGUAUUUUGUAUGGAGACGCUGAGGGAUGUGUGACAAUCAUUUUAAUUUCCUCUUUUGGAGAUACACUCAGAUUGUGGAAUAAAUUACCAAAGGUUGAGAACAUACCAAACAUAGUGAUUGACAACGCGGCGACCUCUCCCAACGUGACCUUCGUCAGAUGGAAGGUUCAUCAUGACUGGGUGACGCAGGCAAGAUAUUUCCCGAGUUUCCAGGCCGUCGUCUCCUCGUCCGGUGACGACUCGUCGGCUCUUGUUUUAGGCCGCGUGCUGCCUCUGACAGACGCCGGGCAGCGGCUGAGCGAGAUCAGAGAGGCCUGUUAUGAAGGGAAGACCAAGAAGGUCCAGAUGAGCUGGACCCCACGGACGCGGGCGUCCAGCGACCAGACGGUGUUCGCCGUUUACAAAGGAGUCAAGAGCUUUGAUCUGUGUCACAAGCACAGCUUGUUGAUCACCGGGGGCAUGGACCGCCUCAUACGGAUGUGGAACCCACAUUUCUCUGGGAAACCGACAGGUAUUUUAAAAGGCCACUGCGCUCCCGUCGUCCACCUGUGCAUCUCCUCAGAGGACGGUCACGUCUUCUCCGUCUCCAUUGACGGCACAGUGAAGGUGUGGGACAUACAGGACCAGUGCUGCCUGUUCACAGCAGAAGCCAAAGCCAGCGGGAUUCACGGCGACGUCACCGCGUGCUCGUAUUCUUCGGCCAUGAAAUCCCUGUUCGUCGCCGCAGACUGCGUGGCCGCGCUCUCGCUCAUGAUGAGGCAACAAGUCUGCCGGCGCCUGACGCUUUCGCACAGCGAGGCCGUGACGUGCUGCGGCUACAGCGAGGAGUUCCGGGAAGUCGUGAGCUGCACUGAAGGAUCCGUGGUUAAAGUCUGGGAUUUGGACACCGGGCGUCAGGUGUUUGAGUUCGGGGGCACACGGGAUCUGUCUGCCAUCACGUGCAUGACAUUUGACCUCAAAGGGAGGAGACUCAUCACAGGUGGAAGAGAUGGAUGUUUGAAGAUCUGGAACUUCAGCAACGGUCAGUGCCUGAAGACGCUGAAGAAGGGCACGGAUGACGGAAAAUGCCUGGAGGUUUGCCACUGCAUCUUUCUGAAAGUUCACCGAAAUUGCUAUGUGAUAUCUGCGGGCCGGGACCGGACGAUUGACAUUUACUCAGACGCACCCGGCGACCUCCGUCACGUCCAGAAGCCGCAGCCUUCGUGGCAGGAUGAUCUGAAUAACGGUCAUAAAGAGGACAUCCUGUGUGUGGUGCAGUGUCCUCCAUCCCUCCUGGCCACCAGCAGCUAUGACGGAGAGAUAAUCGUGUGGAACGUUGUUUCUGGACGUAUCCAGUGUCGCUUUGUCUGCCCUCACUCAGCAGAAAAUGCUGAAGGACUGGACAAAAGUGUCCCAAGCAUCAUUUUCCUCAAGAAUGUCCCGUUUUCCUCGGCCACGCUGCUCCUGUCCUCUGGAGCGGCCGGUUGUAUAAAUGUCUGGCGAGUGCUCAGCGGAGGACCCUUUGUGAGCGGCUUCAGAGCUUCUUUAUUCCAAGAAAAGAUCACAAUCAUGGCUAAAACAGAAGAGGACACGUUGCUCUAUGCUGCCGACCAAAUUGGUUACAUCUACGUUUACGACAUGAGCAAAUUUAACCCUGAGGAAAAAUCACCACGACCUCAGUACUUCUGGCGUGCCCACACCAGCAGAGUUUCUGGCCUGCAGAUUGUUGACAAUGAUCAAGUGGUGCUUACCUCGUCCACCGACCGCACCGUGCGUCUCUGGAGUCGAAGUGGCGAAUUCAUCGGGACCUUUGGGCAGUCUGAUAUCUGGAACAUCCACGUCCCGUCUUCCUGGACGCACCCGGCCGUCCCUUACGAGGUCCUGACUCAUCCUCUGAGUCUUCCGGAUCAUGACUUGUUGAAUUUUAAAACCCAGUUUCCUGAUGACUGUGACGGCCGGGAGCUAGAGGCUGUUUCAUGAAAACUGCCAUGCACGCUAACAAGCUAUCGAACCACCGGCGCUCGGAAAGGCUUUGCUACUGUGCAGGACCUGACCUCUCCCUCGCUCCCUCGCUCCCUGGCAUUGAUCCUCUCAUAAGCAGCGCUGAGGAACUGCAGUCGACUGGGAAAGAUAAAACUGUAUCGAUCACACUUUGGAAACUGUAGCAAAAAUGGAUUGGAAUUGUGGGUCGAAGGCGUGUAAUCACACACACAAAUGGCCUUCGCAACAACAGACUGUAAAAUAAGAGAAGGUGUUUGAUAAAAGUGGGAGAAUGUGUGUCGCUUUGAAAUCUGCUCACUCUCCCACACCAAAGUCCAUCGAGAAAGUCAUCGAAGGCUCUCCAAGACACCAAAACUUACCAAACACUGUGUCCCAGAAAGCUUAAAAUACUGAUUUUCUUAAUGGACUUUGGUGCAGGAAGAGUGAAUGGUUUAUGGACAGGAUUAGUUUUACAUAAAGAGGAAAAGGUAAAGUAAUUAUUACCAGAGCUUCUCAGUGGUAUGUCAGUCAUCAUUACUGGACAAUGACAGUAAAGAUUACAGUGACUUUUACCUGGGGUGAAAAGGUCUGGAACAAUUACCUCAGCUAAUACUAAUCCCAUACGAAUAGACCCGGCGGUGCUCAAAUCAAGUGCAACUUGGUGUCUGGGAAGUCGGGGUGAAGUUGUUUUCCCGUAGCCAGUGCAGGGUUGGGAAUCACUGGGUUCACUACCCUGUUGUCACUACCCUUCCACGUUUGGGCCCUUAGACCCCGAUUUACCCCUCCCAACCUAGAUUUCUUAUCCUGAGCAAUAUUGGCCAUCAAUAUUACAGAUGUCCUGUGUUGAAAUGACAUUACUCCACCUCCACAUGUAAAACUAAUCCUGUCUGAAUACUAGGGCUUAUGUGCCAUACUGCACCUCAUACAACCACACUAUCCCUUUAAGAUGCUUUUAAACAAACAUCGUGUUCUUACGCACAAAGUUCCUAUCAGCUCUGUGAAGCUUCAUAUCAUUUUUUAUUUUAUUUUAUCUCAUUGUUUUGUUUUUAGUGGCACUCAAACUUUCCAUUUCGUUCUCUGCUCUCGUGGUGUGUGUUGGGCCACGACCGGGCAGAUAUUAAGGCUUUUAGAGUGUAAAAACUAACUGUACCUGCCCUGCACCAAAGAGAAGAUAAAGUUAACAAUAGAGCCGGUGAAGCAUUUGGAAUUAAAUUGAAGUGCCAUCAAUUUUUACGCUGGCCUCAGCUAAUUUAGGUGGAAUAGUGUUACUUUCCCAUCCUCCUCCCUGAUCACAGCCCUUUUCAAAGUUAAGUUGGCUUUAAUGACAAAUGCAAAGUGGACAGUGUGAUACUGAUAAACAUGAAAUGUGAAAAGUCUGCA